GUUCUUGGAUUCAUAUAAAGCCGACCCAAUUUUUGGCUUCUCAUAACCGUUGAUACCAGCGUGAAAGAUGUGGUGCUACACAUUCUAUUUGAUACUUUCAAUCGUUCUGGUGGCCCACCCGGCUACCGCACACGAGUCCUUCAGGAUUGCCUCCCUGACGCGAGGAUUCGACGUUAAUAACACCGAGUCCGAAGUACUAGGUGGAUCAGAACAUGACUGCUACAGGCCAUGCGUUGCCGGAGACGUUCGUAUCUGUAAGUAUUCGUUCACCCUGGUCGAGUACACGACGAUGAGCCGGCUGUGCGGCGACUGCCCUUACAAAACCGAGGACUGCCACAAACCGGGAUGUAUCACUGCCGGAGGAGACAUCCGCGAAGUCAUCCUCGCGAACCACAAGCUCCCCGGACCCAGUAUACAGGUAUGCGAAGGAGACGUCGUCCAGGUCGACGUGAUCAACACGCUCUCAAGCCACAGUUCGACCAUUCAUUGGCACGGGUUACACCAGAAAAAAACCCCCUACAUGGACGGCACUCCUUUCCUGACGCAAUGCCCGAUUCAACCCCACAAUUCGUUCCAGUACAAGUUUACCGCGGAUCCACCCGGCACCCAUAUAUGGCACUCCCACAGCGGUUUUGAGGAAGCGGACGGACUCUACGGAGCUUUUAUCGUACGGGCCGCUAAUGAUUCUUUGGCGCAAUAUUACGACUACGAUCUCCCGGAGCAUGUGAUGGCCGUUUGGCAUUGGUACUACUCUUCAACAGCUUCUGUGUUGAAGACCGCACUGCACAGAUCCGACAGCGUGAUCGGCUACAGCUUAACCAUCAACGGAUUAGCCGCUACCGUUAAGUUCAACAGAGACGGGGUCAACUAUACAACCCCGAGGGCGGAGUUCACGGUCACUCAGGGCUUCAGAUACAGAUUCAGACUGAUGCACAACAGUGCGCUGUACUGUCCGGUCCAAGUAUCCAUAGACAAUCAUAAACUAUUGGUCAUCGCCUCCGAGGGCGGAACGUUCGAGCCAGUUGAAGUCGACUCGCUUGUGAUCAACUCCGGUGAACGUUACGACUUCGUUCUCUCGGCGGAUCAAGAAAUCGACAAUUACUGGAUCAGGUACCGGGGACUCGGCGACUGCGUUUCUUCUACCCGCGACGUGUCCAGCGAAGCGAUACUUCGGUACCACGGGGUAAACUCGACCGCGGAUCCGGAAGGACCCAUCGAGUACCAGGACGCCAAUAGAGCCGGAGUGGUUUUGAACCCGGUGGAAGUGGCGAAUGCGAGUUACGCCGAAAAUUCAACGCUGAUUCUCCUGACGGACCUCAACAGGACAACGAGUAACCAGCCGGACGUUUCUGGAACGCCCGAUCACAUAAUUUACAUGCAGUACUCGUACAAUAAUUACUACGACUUCCACUCUCCGGGACCUUUUCCCCAGAUCAAUUACGUCAGCUUCGAGUUUCCACCUAUACCACUUUUAACUCAAUCCGAGCAAAUCACCGACGAUAUUUACUGCAGCGAGACGAACAGUAGCUCGCGAGAUUGUGUCGGCGAGUACUGUACUUGUCCGUUCAUAUACAUGGUCGGUCUGAACAGUCUGGUGGAAGUAGUAAUCGUGGAUGAAGGACUCGACCGUUUCGACGAUCACCCGAUGCACUUGCACGGUCACAAUUUCCAAGUAGUCGCCAUGGAGUCGAUAGGGGGUAGCAUUUCGCUCGACGAAGUUAAAAGAAGAAACGAAAACGGAACGAUUCCUAAGAAACUAAUCGGAGCGCCGAACAAAGACAACGUCGGCGUACCGGCCCAAGGUUUUGUCAUCUUGCGUCUGAUAGCCAACAAUCCUGGAUACUGGUUUUUCCACUGCCACAUUUCGAAUCACGCCGAAAUGGGAAUGGGGGUGGUACUCAAGGUCGGUGAACACGAGGAUAUGAUUCAGCCUCCGGACUCUUUCCCGACUUGCGGGCAUUGGGAUGUGACGAAAAAAGCAGCGAGCUCGUCGGCGUACUCGAUUCUCUUGGAUGCCGGUGGGAAAAACGGUAUUAUUAUUUUUUACCUUCUCAUAGUCGCCGUCGUGAACGCAGUUCGCCGGUGAAACGUGACGUUCGUUCUUCGAUUGGAACAUCGACUGUGAUACCAUAUCAAUGAAAUUGAUAGUAGAAAAUAGAUGUAUAUAGUUCAUUAUUAGAUUCAUAUUAUUUAUGUAAUACGAAAAGUUUCUAUUAAACGUAUCGAUCGACAA